AAAAUCAAAGGUAUAAAGAUUCCGGGUUUUGGUUGGAAGGAAUUGUUUGAUCGGGUCGGGCGACUUCAGUUGGGCCGUCGUCCUCCGCCGUGCGUGUCGGCUACUCUUCCCGCUUUCAUGUCAUCUCCGCCAUUAAACUGGAUCACCGGUAACUUCUCCCUCUUCUUCAAUUUUAAUCCAACAAUUUCCUUGCCGCUUUUCUCCUCCUCUUGACCCUCCGCCAGAUUUCCUCGUAAAACCCCAAUUUUCCUCCUCUCACCGGUGACUUGUUUUCUGAUUGUUUUCCUGCAAUUAUAUUUUGAAUUUCAUCAUCCCCCAGUCUUCCUGACUUGGGUUUCCAACCUUUCGAAGUUCGAUUGCCUAUUUCUGUCAUAUUUGUGAUCUGGGUUCCAGUUUUCGGUUGCUAGCGGAAGAUUAUGACUAGAACGUAUGCAAUUUCUAGAACGAGAAACUUUCGAUCUCGAGGGAUUUUUCAUGGAAUUUUCUCCAUUGUGUUGCUUUGUUUAUACCUUGAUCAGGGAAAGUUCUUGAGAAAUCCGUUUUAUCAAAAAAGCACCAUUGAUGAUAAGCAGGUCGGGGUGAUUCAUAGGAGAAUCGCUGAAGUUUCUGCUUCUUCUUUAAACAAUACCAUUGGUGUUGAUGAAUCUCUUACAAAUGAUAAUAUCUCUUCGAGUCGUCCCCUAGCGUGCUUUGGAUUAUCCGAACUCAGAGGUUAUAAGAGCCCAUGUGAGUACUUGAUUGCCCAUCCUGAUUGCAAUUCAGGUGGAUUUUUCAAUUACAUCACAUUCUUCUACUGUGACUGUGAAGGUUUUAGACUUUUGGGUUAUGUGGCUUUGAUAAUUUGGCUUGCUGCUUUGUUCUAUCUAUUGGGUAAUACUGCAGCUGAUUAUUUUUGUUGCUCCUUGGAGAAACUUUCAAAUCUCUUGAAGUUGCCAGCAACUGUCGCCGGAGUGUCGUUGCUUCCUCUGGGUAAUGGAGCUCCUGAUGUUUUUGCUAGCAUUGCUGCUUUUAUGGGAAAGGACGCUGGUGAGGUUGGUCUUAACAGUGUGUUGGGUGGAGCUGUGUUUGUAACCUGUAUUGUUGUUGGUGCUGUUUCUCUUUGUGUUGCUGACAGCGACGUCAGGAUUGACAGGAAAUGCUUUAUCAGAGACAUUUGUUUCUUCAUGUUUGUCAUCAUCUCACUUGCUGUAAUCUUGGCGUUUGGUAGGGUCACUGUCGUCAGUGCUAUUGCGUUUGUUUCAAUUUAUUUGGUCUAUGCAUUUGCAGUUGCUGCAAAUGAGAUUUUGGAGAAGGACCCAACAAAAGUGGCUCUGAACUCUGUCACACCUUUACUUCCUGUAACUGGAAGCAUGUUCUCUGUUGGGAGUGAAGAGGAUGAUACUAUAUAUGCAGCUCUGCUUGAGACCGAUCCUGAUGGUGAUGUACCACAUCUCCAAAAUAAACUGCCGCAAUGGAUGUGGUCUUCAAAUGUUGCAAUCUAUUCAAAUCAGGCUAGUAAGGGCAGUGUAGAUAGUCCAAAAUUUUUGUGGGGUUGGAAUGAUGAGAAUACAUCAACUGAACACUCUUUGUUCUCUUGCUCCAACUUAUUUUCACUUCUCGAACUUCCAUUGACACUUCCAAGACGUUUGACCAUUCCCAUUGUGGAGGAAGAACGGUGGUCCAAAGUUUUUGCUGUUGCCAGUGCUACGCUAGCACCUAUUCUUCUGGCGUUUUUAUGGAACACGCAAGAUGAUCUAGGACCUCUGAGUGGAAAAUUUGCUUACAUUUUGGGGAUUUUCCUUGGUGGUGUUCUUGGUGUCCUUGCAUAUUUGUAUUUGAGCUCUGAUCAGCCACCUCAAAGGGCUUUGUUUCCAUGGGUUUUUGGAGGAUUCUUUAUGAGCAUUGUUUGGUUUUACAUUGUUGCAAAUGAGCUUGUUUCUUUGUUGAUGACAUUAGGUUUAAUUUUUGGAGUCAACCCAUCAAUUCUUGGUUUAACAGUGUUGGCCUGGGGGAACUCAAUGGGGGAUUUGAUGUCCAAUUUAGCCCUGGCAAUGAAUGGUGGAGACAGUGUACAGAUUGCUAUGUCUGGGUGCUAUGCUGGGCCUAUGUUCAACACUCUUGCAGGGCUGGGUAUCUCCAUGCUUCUUGGAGCCAUUUCUCAUAGACCUGCAGCUUACAUGCUUCCUAGAGAUAGCAGCUUGUUUUACACAUUGAGUUUUUUAAUGUCAGGACUUAUUUGGUCAGUUGUUGUGUUACCUAGAAAUGAUAUGCGCCCAAACAAAAAGCUAGGAGUUGGCUUGAUUGUUAUAUAUUUGUCGUUUCUCAUCCUCAGGGUGAGCACAUCUAUGGUGAAGCAGUGAUGCUGCUGGAAAUAAAUUUGAACUAAUCGUAGGCGUCUCAAUUAAAGGCAGGCCACUGUAACCUACAUUUUGUUUGAACUGUAGCCAAAAGUCAUGGAUGUUCUCUAGACCCAGAACAGUUAUUAUGACAAUAGAUGAUGUCGUAGGAGAUCAUGAUGCCUUGACUUUGUAUGGCAUCAUCAGCCUGUUAAUAUCAUGACUUGUAUAUCAUAGCAUUGUUUAGAGAAAUGAAGUUAAAGGUUCUUAUUACAAUCA